AUGCGGAUAGGUGGUGAUUUGGGGGCUAGGUACACAUAUUUUCAGACGAGAUAUGACCGGGCUGGGAGAAGAGGGUUCGCCGGGGUACAGAAGUAUACAUCUGCAAUUCGCCAAUUGGCAUACGGCGUGAAUAGUGAUUUCCUUGAUGAGUAUUUGCAGAUGUCUGAGCAAACUUCAAGGGAAGCGUGUCUAAAAUUUUGUAUCGAUCUGCAUCGUAUGUACUAUGUCCAUGAACAACUUCUUCGUUUUCCCGGUAUGAUUGGUAGUAUUGAUUGUAUGCAUUGGUCAUGGGAGAUGUGUCCGGCGGCUUGGCGAGGUACUUACACGAGUGGUCAUGUGGGUAGACCGUCAUUGAUACUGCAGGCUGUAGCAUCCAACGAUCUAUGGAUUUGGAAUGCUUAUUUUGGACAACAAGGUUCGCACAAUCAUAUCAAUGUGUUUGAAGCAUCGCCGCUUCUUAAGGAAAUUAUUAACGGCUUGGCACCUAAUGUUCCGUUUUCGGCAAACGGAAACCAUUACGAGAAGGGCUACUAUUUGGGCGAUGACAUCUAUCUUGUAUAUGCUACAUUUGUGAAGACGUUUUCCGACCCGAUUGAUGAAAAAAGAAGGCUUUUUAAGAAAAAACAAGAACGAAGGCAAAGCCGUGUGCCAAGACUACAACGCUCAAGAACCGAGCCUAAAUCCCGAUUAUUGGAGUCACCAAACUCCAAUGGAAGUUCGGAUCCAAAAUCUGCAUACCGUCAAAAACACCCACAACAUGCUAACGGCAAGAUGGUUAACCAUCUUUGGGCGAACACACCACAUGACUUCGAGCCUCCAGCCGAUCCCUUCGUCGAUCUUCGAGAUUAUGUUAGCACUGACGAUGACGACUCUGAUUAG